AGAAACAGCUGACAUCCUCAAGCGAGAUUACAAAGAUGACUCUUGCAGAGCCCUGCUUGACCCAAAGACAGUCAAAGGAAGCGCGCUGGGGCAGUCGGAGCGCACACUGCUCGCAUUAUUGGAUGAGCCGCUGACUGACAUCAAGUAGGAGCUGUGCGUAAAAAUCCACAGGAUUCCACAGAGGGGUUGAUCAUCGGAUAAAAGAGGGUGCCAAAGUGCGUCUUCAUGCAAAUUCAAAAAAAAAAAAAAACAUAGGCGGGCCUUUGGGUGAUGGAGUCACAGCCGGAAAAGCAAACCCCCCUCCCGGAUCAUCGGCGACCUUCAAAGAAUGUGAUGCGCGGCGCACGGACGCACUGACAGCGGCGCAAAUGUUUUAAAGGCGCAAAGGCAGAGAGAAGAAAGUUCAGGACUCCAGCAGGCAGCUCCUCUUAACUGGCUCCAACUCGCUCGCAGCUGCUGGAUCUUCAACUGCACACACAAUCAAGCGUACCAUCGAACGCUGCUUGAGACUUUGUUGCUUUUUAAAAGAAUAAAAUAGACGUUAACCACAUUUUUAAAUAUUUAUCUCAUUUUACUUUUUUUUUAAAUCCAGUUGUGGAUGAAAAUACCGACCAAUUUAACCACAGAAUCUGUGCGUAAAGACGCGGCCGCUAUUCUAACUUUAUACUGAUUUUUUGUUGUUGUUUUUAAAACUCCCGAGGACUUUUUUCAGCACCAUGUCUGAGGACGAGAGCGGCUCCAGCUCCGACUGCGCGUCUGCCGCAGACAGCAGCAGCAGCAGCAGCGUCAGUGUCCUCAGCUGGGAUCAAGUGCAGCGGCUGGACGCCAUUCUGACAGAAACCAUCCCGAUCCACGGCCGGGGAAACUUCCCCACUCUGCAGAUGCAGCCGCGGCAGAUUGUUAAAGUGGUCCGGAGUCGCAUGGAGGAGAAGCGGAUCCACGUCCGGGACGUUCGGUUAAACGGCUCCGCGGCCAGCCACAUUCUGCACGACGACAGCGGACUGGGCUUCAAAGACUUGGACCUGAUAUUUUGCGCAGAUAUGAAAGGCGAAAGCGAAUUCCAGACUGUGAAGGACAUCGUUUUGGAUUGCCUCUUGGAUUUUUUACCGGACUGCGUGAAUAAAGAGAAAAUAACGCCUUUGACCCUAAAGGAAGCUUAUGUCCAGAAGAUGGUGAAGGUGUGCAACGACUCUGACCGCUGGAGUCUCAUCUCCCUCUCCAACAACCGUGGAAAGAAUGUGGAGCUGAAGUUUGUUGACUCCCUCCGGCGGCAGUUUGAGUUCAGCGUGGACUCUUUCCAGAUCAAGCUGGACUCCCUGCUGCUGUUCUACGAGUGCUCCGAGAACCCCAUGACUGAGACUUUCCAUCCCACCAUCAUGGGCGAAAGCGUGUAUGGAGACAUCAGCGAGGCCCUGGACCACCUCCGCCACAAGAUCAUCUGCACUCGGAACCCAGAGGAGAUCAGGGGUGGGGGGCUCCUAAAGUACUGUCACCUCCUGGUGAGGGGUUUCCGGGCCGCAUCAGAGUCUGAGAUGAAGUCCCUACAGCGCUACAUGUGCUCACGCUUCUUCAUUGACUUCUCUGACAUUGGUGAGCAGCAGCGCAAGCUGGAGUCCUACCUCCAGAACCACUUUGUUGGUCUGGAAGAUCGCAAGUAUGACUACCUGAUGACACUGCACGGAGUGGUCAACGAGAGCACGGUGUGCCUGAUGGGUCACGAGAGGCGGCAGACCCUUGGGCUCAUUGCCAUGCUGGCGGUGCGUGUGCUCGCUGAGCAGAACGUCAUCCCCAACGUGGCCAAUGUCACUUGUUACUACCAGCCUGCUCCCUAUGUGGCAGAUGGCAACUUCAGUAACUACUACAUCGCACAGGUACAGCCAGUGUUUGCCUGCCAGCAGCCUGCAUACUCCACCUGGCUGCAGUGCAACUGAGUCACAGAGAGGAGGAGGGCAAGUCUGACUUGGGCGCAAGUCAGACUUGCUUGGGUGUAGUAGAGCUGACAAGAAAAAGGAGUUUAUUGUUUUGCAUCAAAGCUUCUUUUUUAAAUUCAUACAUUGAGUAUGACUGACACACCAAGAACAGCUGCCUUUCACUUUCAGUGCACGUCCUCAGGCUUGGAAAAGACUGAUGUGGGCUCUGAUGGAGCCUGAUGCAGAUUGGUCUAGUUCAGGAGCUGCCAAACUCUCAGUAAGACCAACCUGAUCUGCCACCAGCUGUUUUGCCGCCUGAAGGUGACUGCUCCUCCAGCACAGCUUUCAGGGAUGAUUUGCUAAGUGCACACACACCAACACAGACACACAUACAUGUACAGAUGUGUCUGCAGGACUCCAGAAACCUGUUUUAUACCAACCGCGCCAAGAGGAGGAACCUCCACCCCGCAUUUGGAUAAGAAUGAGUUUGUUUACACACCAAAGAUAUUUUUGGGGCUCGUUUCUAACCUUAAAAAGCCAGUUUUGAUGGGGAGGAAAAAACACAACAGGUUUUUGUGAUAUCUAUUUGUGCUCGUGAGCAUCUGUAUAAGUGCCUAUCGCCACCGUCGGUUUGAGAGAACAGCCAGGAGGCCGUGUCACCCACUCUGCUGUCAGACAUAAAAACAGUAGCACCCCAAAGGCUUGUGAAUGUACACGUAAAACCGUGCUCAGCGGGAUGGAAAACGUCUGUUUGAUAGUUAUGUUUACAUUGUUUAAGUGAUUCUGUGAUCAAUUAAGCUGUUAUGUUCUCAGAGUGAUGUCCUGUUUGGGUCCUGUUGUAGCUGUUAUAAGAGGGGUUGGAUACGCUUUUCUGAUCAUCCGCCACAAAGAAACCUAAACAGGAUAUUUCCUGUGUAGUUUGUGCAGCGGUGCUUCUCUCUUUCUCAUCCAACACAAGCAGAUAAGAGUCAGAGGGAGUACCUGCUGUGUGUGGUCCUCCCAUAGUAGAAGGAUAUGUGCAGGCAGACACCCCAGAUGGUGAGACACUGUUUGCUGUCGCACCCUGGCAGGGAAUUCCUCAGCCGCCGCUGAAGAGCUUGAACUUAGCUGAGGUUCGAUCUGUGCACGUUUCCUUAAAGGUUUGCAAAAGACGCUGCCAAAGGUUUUGGCGCCCCGGCAGAAAAACACAGCUUUAAUGAGGUCAUUUCCAGACACACAUUUUCUAAUGAUAAAAAGGACAGACGGAGGGAGAAAAGAAGCAGAGGGAAAAGAAAAGUGGCUGAAAGCCACAGCGCGAUCAGUCUGGAGAGAUGGGUGCAGCUGGUGAUGGGGUUUAUCUCUUCUGGGCUAGAAGAAGUUUUGGUUGCAGCUUCAUCUUUUUGACUGCAACUCUAAAAAUAAUCAGAAUUAUCUCUCUGUUUUCAUUGUAAAGAAAAAAAAUAGAGUGGGGUCUAUAGAAAACUGCAUUUACACUCACCAGCUGCAGGAGACUUCAAGCUGCUACUUGUGCUUGACGGGUCUGGUAGCUUCAACGGUGCUCAUUCGUGGGUUUUUUCAUGAUUAAUUCCACUUUUGAAAAUCUGUGUAUAUAUAUUUUUUGCUCUGCGUUGCGGCUUCUCCAGACGGCAUUCAAAACAAGAAACCUUUUUUUUUAAGCAUAAAAGUUGCAGAUUUAGCCCCAUGACUAGCAUUCCGCUAAAAGAGCAACAAAAAAAAGAAAAGAAAACUGUGGCUGAGUUGCUUUUUUCUCUCAUUUGGAGUUCAUCUCAGUGGUUUUCCUCUCUGACUGACUUUCCGGAGAUUGUGAUGUACCGUCAGUCUCAAUGAAGUUCUAACAGCUAGAGCUUUUCUGCCUGUCAAACUAGUGAUCGUGCCUGUCAGUUAGAGAUUGUGGAUUACUUAAUCGUCUUGCGCAUCUGUCUUUUACAAUUCACAAUUUGAAAAUGAUCCUUGUUGUAAAUGUCUUUUUUAUGAUUGUUAUUUUUAUAAAUACAACAGAAGCUGCAGCUGUUGCAGCUCUUCUAACUCUGUGAUCGGGCUGCAGAGGAGAUGUUCUCAGUAGCUUUUUUUGCUAUGUUAUGUGUCCAAAUGGGUCAAAAGGUUAAAGAUGUUUUUACCUCAAUAAAAUAUCUGAAAACCAUU